UUAGCGGACUGAUGGAGCUGGAGGGCAGCAGCAGCUCCCUCACCCUGGACGCCACACUCGUCCUGGGUCAGGAACAGGACGAACGCUCAGGAGGGUUUAAUGUCCACCAACGAUUUCUGGGCCGCAUAACGCAGAUGAACUUUUGGCAGCGAGUGUUCUCUCAUGAGGAGGUAAAGUCACUGGCCUUGUGUGAACAGAAUAUCUCUGGUGACGUCUUCUCAACUGACGCUAACGAACUGGAGAUGGUAGGGGGAGCGUUUACCUUUGAGGUUGCUCUAAAGGACCUAUGUACAACAGAGGACAGGUAUGUUAUCUUUCCCGAAGAACACACUAUAGCUGAGGGAGAAGCCUUCUGCCAGAGGCUCGGGAGCAGCGUGUACACCCCGCGAAAUUUCGAGGCGAGCAAAAAGCUGUAUCAGGACGCCAUGCAGUUCGCCAACGUCUAUACCAAUGCCUUGGUGUUCCUCGGCGCCUCAGACCAGGAAGAGGAGACUGUGUGGCGGGACAAAGCUACCGGGGAGGAGAUCACCAACAUGACACAAUUUUUCAGCGACAGACCAAACCCGGAGCAGAAUUGUCUCUAUCUGACGAAGAACCCAGACAUGAUUCACUUCUUCGUCGAUGGCUACAAGAACGAUAAACCAUUCUUCCAUGGAGCUUUUGGUUAUAAUAUUUACUACGAGGGACUUGGUAAGACUGCAGGAACAGACCAAUCAGGCGACUGUGUAGAGAACGAAGCUCGGUGUGACCUGUACGAUCACUGCCCAGACAAGUCGGACGAGGACAAUUGUUCAGUUGUUAAGUUUCCGCCAGAGUACAAAGGUGACCGACCUCCCAGAGGGUUUGUUGAGAGUGACCUGUUGUUACUCUCCCCUACGGUGUACAUCUUCCGUGUGGUUAAAGUCAGUGACCUAGAACAGUCAUUCACGGCGCUUCUUGUCGUAGAAACCCGUUGGCAAGACCCAAGACUCACUUACCACAACCUGAAUGACAAUUUUUACCUGAAUAAGCUGUCCCUUGAGGAUAAAGGGCGCCUCUGGAUUCCAAGAUAUAGCUUUCAGAAUGCUUAUGAUGGCGACAUACACCUGCUUCGGGAAGAAGUCUAUGUAGAGAAGAUCGGAAAUGCCUCCAUCCGAGACUUCAACGUCGUCAAUAUGGACACCAUCUACGAGAGCAACAGUGCGAGUCUUAAUGUACACCAGUCAUUCUUCGGCUCCUUCACUUGUGACCUAGACAUCGUCACAUACCCCUUCGACCAUCAGCACUGUGACGUCCAGAUCGUGUUUACCUCACUCCACAAACAACACCUAGCCUUCAGAAAUGUGCAAGUGUUAUACAGGGGAAGCCAAAUGAUCAGCUCCUAUGAAAUUGGGAACUUCAGUGCAGCUACAGUAAAUGACUCCUUAGUUCCCUACUUCUGUUUACAAGUGAGGUUCUCUCUCAGGCGGCAGUAUGAGCGGAUCGUGCUGGUCAUGUUCCUCCCCUCCUUCAUGCUCGUCAUUAUUGGCUACGCCACACUCUACAUCAAGCUUGGUCUCCUUCAGGUACGACUCACCGUGAGCUUGACGACCCUGCUGGUGCUGUACACAUUAUCUGACCAGAUCAGUUCUCACCUGCCCCAGACCUCCUACCUCAAGAUCAUCGACUACUGGUUCUUCUCGUGUAUCUUCCUCCUCUUCUCUAUCAUCCUCUUCCACGUCUUCAUAGAGUUCAUCGACUCUCCAUCAUCCACACAGCUGAGUGAGACUGUGCGACCUGAAAUAGAAUGCCUUACCGACAGCCGAGUACAAAAACAGGUGAGGGUGCAAGGCCCACACACUUCUCUCUCCCCGCCCAGCUCACACCCACCUGGCGAUCGAUGCCUGUGUCCUUUGGGCGCCUUUGAUCUGGUCUCCCAGGGUACCAGAAACAAGAUGGUGAGGCAGAAGGCACUGUUUCUGUGUGUGGUGUGUAUCUGGCUGCACCUUGCUGGAAGCGAGCCAUCUGUCACGUCUAUCAAGCCAACACCGAUUCUGUCCUUUGAGAAAAACGACAGUAAACCUGCUGUAAUCCCCGAGCCCUUGAUAAACACCAUUAAUAAGUAUAAUGUAAAUUCUCGUCUGUAUUCCCCAAGUGGUGAGUCCUCUGCCCUACAGACUCAAAACUUUCGCCUUAUGUCACUAAAUUCUGAGGCGAACUCUAGUGAGGGUCACAGGUCGCCAACAGCUGGAUGGCCACCCGAUAACUCCACAGCCCUAACUCCUGGUCUCCUAUCACUGGCCUCAUACUCCUCCUCCUCCCUCACCCCUGCCGACGAAGAGUCCUUGGCCCGCCUCCUGGUAGCCAUAGUAACUAAAGAGAUGAAAGGUUGCGUGUUAGUUGUUGCCUUCGACGCUGGCUUCAAGGACUCACCUGUAUUGGAUCAUCUGAAGUUACUGCCCAACCCAAGACAGGUAGUAGAAGUAAGGAGCACAGUCGACCUAGAGGGCGUGGUGUGGGAGUCAACACAGUGUCGCGGUUACCUCUUCCUCCUCCACCACCAUCACCACACACUCUUCAAUUUUGCUGACCUAACUAACUUUAUGUGGGACUUUACGGGCAGAUACGUGGUAGCUGGACCCUCCAAGACUCAGCUGACGGCCCUCACCACCACUAAGAAGAUGCUCAAGACCCACAACCUGCUGGCUCUUGUUAAGUCAGAGCGAGAAGGGGAGUGGCUCCUCUACACCAACCAGCUGAUAUGGGAGACUGGCCUGGCCUACCUCACCACCUGGUUACCUCACCGCCUCACUACCUCCGCCUCCCUCUUCCCCGACAAGUUGACUCACCUCCGCGGCGCUGUUCUUACGGUGGUAACAUUUCCCUGGGACCCAAGCGUUAUCUACGAGGUGGAUGAGUCGGGAAAGGUGGUACUCCGUUAUGGCCGCGACAUCCAGGUAGUGACCGCCCUCGCCCACGCCCUCAACUUUUCCAUCCGUUAUGUUGAACCCCCAGCAGGCGAAGUGUGGGGAACCCGGAUUGGCAAUGGGUCGUCGUGGAACGGCCUGAUGGGGUACCUGCAGAGGGGUGAGGCUCAUAUAGGCAUCGUCAACAUGUUCAUCAGCAACAUCAACAACCGCCUGGAAGUGACCGAUUUCAGCAUGCCCUAUGAUGCCGACGUGACCUGCUUCAUGGCCAGCCAGCCGCCACCUCUUCCACGCUGGAAGAGGAUCCUCUACCCCUUCCAGAUGACCACGUGGCUCUUCUUCCUGGCGGGGCUGGUGCUGAGUGGGCCGCUGCUCUUCUUCUUCGCCCGCGCAGGGUACUCGAGCACGGAAGAAAGCCGCGCCUUGCAUUCGUUCGCCUACUCGUGUUUGUACGCCUAUGGUCUCCACUUCUCUGAGGCUCAGGCUAACUUGCCUCACCGGAGAAGUACACAGUUGUUCGUGUGUUUCCUGUGGAUGUACACCAUCAUCAUCGUCACAGGCUACCGCUCUAACCUCACUGCCUACCUCACCGUCGCCCGCCAACCACCCACCGUCAACACAGUUCGUGAACUCUACGCAUCCGGCCUCCAAAUUGCAGGAAUAGGUCACUUCUUCGGCAGCGCUUUGGAAGCAUCGUCAAAUCAAUAUUUGAAGGGACUGUCACAGCGGUUCCAGGCAUACCAACUCCACAAGGACCUAUGGACUGUGGUAGAAGCUGGCACGACCGUCUACCUGGAAUCCAAAAUGUACCUGCAAUACGUCAUCACUAAACUCUUCUCCUCCCGUGGCGCCCCCUUGAUGAGAAUCAUCAAGGAGUGUUUUGCGCCCUACAAUAUCGCUCUUACCACCCAGCGCCACUCCCCCCUCAAAGAAAAGCUUGACCCUUUUAUCAUGAGGAUGGUGGAGAGUGGCCUCGUGCAAUACUGGUUCUCUGAGUCUCUUAUGAUCUCCAAAAAGAACACCAAGAAUCAAGAGGAACAGGAGACUGGGGACGUCAGACACCUCGAUGAAACUGAGAACGACGUCACGUCCCUCAGUGUCGACCACAUGCAGGGAGUGUUCUUCGUCUUUCUUCUCGGUUCUCUCAUCUCCACCAUCGUUUUCGUGGGGGAGGUCACUCUCAAGAGGAAAUCUGAAGGGGGAGAUGGAGAGUAGGCCACACCACUAUAGUCGAGGAUUAUCGUUCCCAGCUUAAAACUCAACUCCUGUCCAUUCUUUAGUUGUGUAGUAAACGUUUGAUAGUUACAGUUAGUUGGAAAAAGGGGACAAAUUCUUCAAGUAAUGCAAAAAAAGAUUAACCUGAUCUCUAAACCAUAGCACCAGUUAAUGUUAGGUCUAUGUGACUAAACAUGGAAGAAAUUUGACCAAAAUCGUAGCUAUUAGGUCUUCGUAGGGUCAAUAUAAUCAUCUUUUUUACUACAUACUAAUAUACAAUAUUUUAGCUUCUCGUCUACCCAAUGUGAAAGUAAUAAAUGUUGCAGAUUUA